AAAUAAGAUCCAUUCAAUGAAAAAGUCUGGUUGAGACUUAAGAUUUAAUAUAUUUUUUAAAAAUGUCAACACUGGUUUAUUUACUCCUAGGUGCCAACACUGUAUAUGUGCCAAAAUUUAAUAUCCUGUUAUUGUUGCUUUCUUUCAAGAGAAUGUCGCGUCCACAGAAAAGACGAUUUCAGAGUGAUGACGAAAAGAAAGAAAAAUAUAAUUCUACAAUAUCAAGUUCUAUUGCUGAUAUCAUACGAUUUAGUUUGGAUGACCAGUUUCGUUUAAAAUGUUUCCAAUUAAUGCAGGUCGAUAAUACAAACGAUUUCCAGCUUGCUAUCAAAGAUAAACUAGAUUCACUCAUCAAUCCUAGUUCCAAUACAUCGCACACUUUACAAAAGAGACCAUCAUUUCAUGAUGAAGAACCUGAAAGAAGUUUAAUAUGUCCUGAUAGAAAUGGGAUAAUUCCUCAAGUCAACAUUGAAAAACAGACUGAUGAAAAUAAGGAAAUACCAAAUUCUCUUACCCAAAACAUAACUGAUUCUCAUAUUGAUGAGAUUGCAAAAGUUCUUAAAAUGACUAAUAUUGUGGUGGAAGAAAACAUUGAAGACAAAGACAGUCUACCUGCAACUAGCAGAGCUGCAUCAAAAACUUUAAUUGAAACUGAGGAAAUUAAAAAAGGUAUAACUCUCCAUAAUGUUAAUUGUAACGAAGAUGAAUUAGCUGAAAAAAUAGAUGGUUUCUGGCCGACGGAGGAAUGUUGUCUAUGGGAUCCCAAUAACGCAGAAGAAAAUGGAGCAAUUCUAUUGCAAGAAGAGAUAGAUGACAUCGAUUUAAAUGAAAAUGAUACUGAUUGGCAGUAAAUCAAGAUGUAAGAAAAAAUAUUUAUUGUUCAUAAAUUAGUGUAUUGUAAUCAUUAUUUGUAGUAUAUAAGAAAUAUAUAAUUUGAUAAAUAUAUGAAAUAUUGUUAUGGUAAAUUUAAAAAAAUAGUUAUUAAAAAUAUAUUUUUUAAUAAAUAAAAUAAAACCUCAAUUACCAAGGUAAAUGAAU